ACACACAACCGCGCCGCCACGCGCACACACACCCGGUCUCCCUAGCCCACACCCGCAAGGGGCGCGCGCACUCGCCGCACGCACGCAGGGGGGUGGAGGCGGCGGAGAAAGGAAGGAACUGACGGGCCAUGGACGGACAGACCGCCUGGGCUGGGGGAAGGGAAGGAGGCCCGGGAACCUGCAGCUGGGGUCGGAGGGGGCGCACAGACAAGGAGGCAGAGAGACGCAGAGGAGACUCUUGGAGAAGAGGACAACGGAUGAGCCGUCAAGGGCUGGCGAGGACGCGCGGGCUGCUCCAGGGGUGGGGACGCACCUAACCCUUGGCCCCGGGCACCAGGACCCUACCCUUGCCCCACAGAGUGGCCGGCAGCCCCUGGAGGGAGAACCAGGGCUCUGAUUGGCGCCCAACAGAAACAGGAUAUUCAGAAGGGCCCUUCUCUCCUGAGUGACCACAUCUCCAAGCUUCAGACUUCCAGCUACAUGCUAGCAAGGGUACAAAGCCCGCAGUGGCAGACAGGAGGCGGGUCCCAGCUCAGCUGUGCCCUGGUGUGUGGCAUGACCCUGAACAUGACACCCAUUCUCUGGGUCUCCGUUUCUGUAUCUGGGGGCAGAUGGCAGGAUGGGAUUCAGUCUGGAAUCCAUGGGUGGUCACUUCCCCUUGGUGGGACGGUGCAGGGGUCUGCCUCCUACAGAGAGUGGCUGGGGAGCUUCUGCGUUCCUGACAUCUCAUCACGGUUUCUCCCCUCCUCAGGUGCUGUGUCUCUGUGAUGAUCUCCCCUUUCCCUCCCCCAUUCACCUGUCUGGGGCUUUAAUUGAAAUUAAAAUCCUGUACAAAGUGCAGAGGACAGAAUGUUAGAACUGGACAGACCCUCGGAAACCAGUUAAUUAUUCCCUGUGUUUCACAGACAAGUCCCAGGGCACGGAUGUGACCCAUUAUGAACAGGCAGUGAGUCUGUGGCAGGGCUGGAGCUGCCCUGGGCUCUGGCAUUAUCCCCGAGGGCUGGAGCUCAGUCCUCACCACAGGCUUUUCUGGAUCCCACGUCCGCAGGCAGGUGCAUCUGAUGAAGCUGUCGGCCACAGUCGUUGCUGUCCACAUCCUUGCUGUCUGGGGUCCCUGCAGGAGGAAAGAUGCUCAGCCUGCCCAAAGGAUGCAGAAGGUGCUUUGGGACCAGGCCUGGGAACGGGCUGUCAGGAAAUCCUCUCUGUCCCCAGUGCAAAAUACCUUCCAGAUCCAACCCCUCGUCAUCACUUUCAAUGCCACUGGCGUGGUCUUAGCACCACUGUCCCCUGGAAGGGGAGUCGGCUGUCGGCUAUGCCUCUCAGCUUCAUCGCUGACCAGUCUGUUCUCAACACGGCAGCCAGGGCGAUGCUUUGACAUCAAUCAGACCACCUCAGUGCUCCUCUCCUGGAAGCCCGACGGCAGCUCCCACCUCACUCCGAGCGAAAGCCACAGUCUUUACAAGGACCCCCUGCUCUGGCCCUGUAUCCCUCACCCCUACCACUGUCCCUCUUGCUCCUGCCGCAGCCGCACUGGCCUCCUGGCUGAUCCUCAAACACAUGAGGUGCAUAAAUUCCCAUGGCAGGGCCUUUGCACUGGCUGUCCCCACUGCCAGGAGCGUCUUCCCCCCCGGUCGCUGGACGGCUCACUCCCUCGCUUCCUCCAGAUCUUUGCUCUAAUGUCACCUGCGCAAUGGGGAUCCUUGUAACCUGCACCCACCUGUCCCCUUUUUUUUUUUUUGAGACAGUCUCACUUUGUU